AUGAGAUCCAGUUCUACCAAAGUCAAAUUUACAUUAAGCACUUCGGAUGAUAUCUCCUUGCUCCACGAAUCACAGUCAGACAGGGCCAGUUUCGGUGACGCCAACGAUCCGGAUCAGGAACCACCACCUCCAUAUCAGGAGCAGAUCCAUGUGCCCGUGUAUCACCCCACUCCCAGCCAGGCCCGGCUGGCAACCCAACUGACCGAAGAGGAGCAGGUGCGGAUCGCUCAAAGGAUCGGCCUCAUCCAGCAUCUUCCCAAAGGUGUCUACGAUCCAGGCAGUGACGGCACUGAGAAGAAGAUUAGAGAGUGUGUGAUCUGCAUGAUGGACUUUGUGUACGGAGACCCCAUCCGGUUCCUCCCCUGCAUGCACAUCUACCACCUGGACUGCAUAGAUGACUGGCUGAUGAGGUCCUUCACGUGUCCCUCCUGUAUGGAGCCUGUAGAUGCUGCCUUGCUCUCGUCCUACGAAACUAACUGACUACUGCCUGCACUGAUCCCCGCCGUACACACACACACACACACAACCAACCCUUGAGUCCUGUCCUCACACGGCCCUUUGUAUAAAGAGACAAACUGUCUGCUUGCCUUGGGUGUGGGAUGGUGUGCCUGUGGCAUCAUGGGAUAAAGGAGGCCACAGUGAUAAUUAAACCUCUCCUGCAUUGUCCUGCUGGACGGGGAAAUCUGCAGGAGCCAUUUUGCACCCUGAAAACUUUAUCAUGUGAUUCCUUUGUCUCUCAUUGACGACACCUAGACAAGCCGGUCACGCACCUUUCCACUGUAGCAACACUUACACUGGAAGGAGACGAACCUACUGGAGGACUUUUAAAAAUGCAUCUUUAACAUUCAGUCUCUAUUUCUUUCUUUCUUUCUCUGUGUCUGUUUCCAUAAAGGGCUCGUUUAAUUUCUGCUGAAGCUGCAGUGGAGCAAAACAAAUGGCAUUGCACAUACACACA